CGCAUUUCCGGUUUAGACACCGAGACGAGAAGAAGAGCUGCUUUCACCAUAACCGCUGCUUUGCAAAGACUUAGCGAUCAAUUGCGCUUUAUCCCAGCUUGUGCAGGUAAGACUGAUACAGGUGACGCCUCACUGGAUUCACCGGCAGAUCUUUCCACCUGGAGCUGAUGCCUUCAAUAAUGUAAUAUCAAUACGAGGAGAACAAAUUCUCCUUACUUAACAUCUUUUUAACAGGUGAACAGCCACUGGAACAGCUGAUUUUUUGAUUUCCUACAUUUAUCUGAUCUGUCUUGGACAGUCUUGGACAUUGGACAUGUCGUACAACCAUCCAUACCGAAACCAACCUGAUGAUUACGGCGCGAGCAAUGACAAAUACAAAGACUCGCAGCGACUUUAUCACCGGGAGUCUACCGCUUACAGGUCGCGAAUUCAGAGCCGAUCUCCAGAGCAGACGUCUCCAUCCUCAUCAGAACCUGUCCUCUCGUCUGUCAAGGCUUUGUCUUUUCUGCAUAGCUGUGGACUGGAUGCCGAAGACCUUCAAACUCUGGCCGAGCUUCCUGAGCAUCUUAUCGCCACCGAUACUCUUCCUGACCUUCUUGCGCAGAUUAAAAAGAAGAAAGCGUCUGGCACUUCUUCAUCUAGGUCCACUGUGCUCCAAGCCAGUUCGUCAUCACACUCCUGGGACGACAGGGGCCACACUCAGCUGGUCGAGUAUCCUUUGGAUAUGCCAGUCCGUCAGUCAUAUUCCCUUCCUCGAGAGCAGCUUCCAACCUGGGACGACCACUGGGAAAAUGUCCAACAAGCAAACUCUCCAGCGUGCACCUACACCAGCUCUGAUUCCAACUACGUGGUUGAGUACAACCAUCUGAAAGACAAGGAGCCUUAUUUUGAUAAAUCGUCUUAUGCCACAGAACCAUCAAGGCAGAAAACGUCCGCUGUCUCGCAGUCUUACUCGAGCUACAGCAGAGACGUUGGUCAAUCCUCACAUUUGUCCAGCAGAGACGACAGCCAUUCCUCACAUCUGUCCAAUAGAGAUUCUGCAAGCCAACCCUCCCAUCGCUCCAGCAGAGACGUUGGUCAAUCCUCACAUUUGUCCAGCAGAGACGUCAGUCAGUCCUCAUAUCUGUCCAGUAGAGAUGUCAGUCAGUCUUCACAUCGCUCUAGCAGAGACAUCAGUCACUCCUCACAUCUGUCCAGUAGAGACAUUGGCCAGUCCUCACAUCUGUCCACCAGAGAUGUUAGUCUACAGCCGCUUCUAUCCAGCAGAGACACCGUCCCACCCUCGCUCCUGUCCAGCAGAAACAUCGCUCCACCUUCGCUCCUGUCCAGCAGAGACGUCGGCUCAUCUUCUCUCCUGUCUGGCAGAGAAGGCGGUCUACCCUCGCUCCUGUCCAUCAGAGACCUUGCUCCAACCUCGCACCUGUCCAGCAGAGACAUCGGUCAAUCUUCACACCACCGGAGGACGGAGUCGGCUCCUAGAGUGCCUACCAGGAAGGAGGCGUCAGAUUUCCACGGGAAAACUCCACCAGUAUUUCCCUACGCAUGCGUGCUCUGCGAUAUCACUGUCCUCUCUAAUAAGGACUGGUCUGUGCAUAUAAAAGGAGCCCAACAUGCUAAUAGUCAACUUAGUCUUGUGGAAAAAUAUCCAGCAUGGGAUCAGACUAUCCAAUCUGCUCGAAGAAAUGACCCCCAACCUGUUCGACCCACAUCCAGAACAACACAGAAACGAGGUGGAAAAUCAAACAGUAGAAAUGGGUCGUCAGCCAGCAGAAGUGGAGCGUCGAACAGUAAAAGUCAAUCAUCAAGCAACCAAAAACGCAAUAACACUGAAGCCAAUAAGUGCAAAGUGGUGUGUGUCAAGUUUGAAGUGGAUGAAGUGAACGAAGCUUACCUGAAAAAAUUGCUUGGCCAAUUUGGUGCAAUUUCCAAAAUUAUUAUGUUACCUAGAAUGGCUUUCGUGAAUAUGGGAACGGCAAGCCAGGCAGAGGAUAUAGUAAAAUAUUUCUACCAAAACCCUUUGAGGAUCAGAGGAGAACUGAUUGUAUUUACUCUGUCUGCAGCAUUCAGUUUCCUACAGACUUCUCGUGUGGUGAGCUUUUCACCGUUACCUUCUGGAGAUGGCAUACGCUCAGAGUUGACGGCCGUUGCGAAGCGUUUCGGAGCAGUAAAGAAUUCCCUGUUUCUCCCAACCCGGGGAUAUGUGGAGAUGAGCAGUGCAGAAGAGGCUGACAAAUUGGUGAAGCACUAUUCAACCAAUUCACUCAAAAUAAAAGGAAAAACCAUUAAUGUUUGCUCCUCAACCGAGUACCAGACGCUUGGUACGAAGGAUGCUGACAAAGAAAAAUCACCAGUACCUUAUAGCAGCAGCAGCAGCAGGAGGAGGAGGAGGAGUUGCAGUCCAAGAAGGAGAUCCCACAGAGACUCUCCCAGCCCCAAACGAAGAGCUUCUGAAGAGAGGUCUAGAUCUCGCAAGAGUCAGGACUCUAAGAAACGAGAAGAAAGUCGACGCUCACGGGAGAAAACCAAAGAGAGCUCUAGACGGGACAGCUCAUCCAAGUCGCGUUCCAAAAAAAGCUCUCCUUCGAAAGACCAGAAGUCAAAAACAACGACGGAAGAGAGCGUGGAGGAGAAGGUUGAAGACGACAACGAUCAGUCUGACAUCAUGGCUGAUGAUAGUGAUCUUGAAGGAGUGGCUGUUAUAGCAGAUGAUGGUGAAGCACUGAAUUCAGAAGAUGAGCUCACAGUAGACGAUGAGAUGGAUGAUGAGGCACAUGAUACCUCAGAGGAACAGGAGCAGGAUGCAUCUGAAGAUGCCCAAGCUAUGAAAGAGUCAGAUGAUCAGACUACACCUUUAGACAUGGACACAUCUAGCGUAAAGCCAGAGACGUCAGAGUGUGUACCAACUGCUACAACUUCAGAUAGAUCAGGUGAUUGUAAGGAAGCCAAAGAGCUUCAACAAGGAGAGCAGAAAGAGCCUCAAGAAAUGCAGAAAGAGCCUAAAGAAGAGCCAAAAGAGCUUAAAGAAGAGCCAAAGGAGCUUAAAAAGGAGACAAAAAAGCUUACAGAAGAGCUUCAACAAGCAGAGCAAAAAGAGCUUGAGAAAAAGCAAAAAGCACUUAAAAAAGACCAAGAAGAGCUUAAACAAGAAGAGCAAAAAGACGAUACAGUGGCGAUGGAGGAGGAGGCAGCAGAUUUCUCAGAGAAUCUAGACAAGGAGGAAGGUGAUGAAAUGGAGAUCUCGACUUCAAUCACUGAGGAAAAGUUUGGCAAAGUUCUUGAGGUGGCAGGUUUUCCAGUGGCUAAAAAAUAUAGUGAAGCAGAUUUGAUGAAAAUCGGGAAAAAAUACGGAGAUGUGGCAGGCUGCUGUUUGGUUCGCAACAAUCGAAAGGUGGAGAAGGCCUUAAUUGAGAUGGUGAAUGCUGCCGAUGCUGCAAAACUUGAAGCCGAGUGUAAAAGGCAACACAUUAAACUAGGUGGCAGAAACUUGAGGAUAACCGUGUCAAAGAUAUACAGCCAAUUGAACGAGGGGCAAAGUGUUGACACUGACUCUGAAAAAGAGAAAGUUAAGCAAGAUAUUGAAGAGACCAAUAAGGAGCCGCCAAGCACACUGGCUUCCAGUGAGGAGAGAACAGUAGUGAUGGCUGAGACGGAGAUCUCAGAAGAAGAUGCUGAGGUUCAGGAAGCAAAGGAAACCAACAUGGACACAAUCAUGCAAAUGUCUAGUGAUGAGGAGGGAUCAUAUGGCAGAGUUCUUCGCAUUAGAAACCUUCCAAUGCCCGAUGAAUACACUGAUGCAGAAUUUCUGAACAUCGCAGAGCCGUAUGGAAAAGUAGUACGCCAUUGGAUGUUGCGCGUCCAACGAACGGGACUGAUUGAAAUGAAAAGUCCCGCUGAUGCUGAAAAGGUUGUCGCUGCAGCCAACAUGAAUAAAAUUACAGUUGCUGGAAAACAUCCCAAGAUUUUAGUGUCAACCAAACAUGCUCAUUUAAAUAAAUGGUACUUCCUACAUGGACCUCGUGAUGGUUCUAUACCACCACCUAUUGAUUUAGAAGAGGAUGAUGAUGAUGAAUCCAAGAUAGAAAACAGUAUUUCUGAGCAGCAAACAUCAGCGAAUGUCAAGGAGUCCUCGAAUGAUAAUCAGGUUGACAACUCAAAGGCAGAUGAGAAACAAGAUUCUGCAGCUGAUGAUGAAAGUGGAACAAAGGCAGAAAAUUCAGACGUUGUGUCUGAGACGCCAACACCUGUGCUGGAUCCAGCUGGUACAGAGUUUGUUCGACCUGUGGUCGGAUACUUCUGCAACUUGUGUAAUGCUAUCUAUGCUAGUGAGGAAGAGGCCAAGAACGAACACUGCAGGACCCCAAUGCAUCAUCAAAAGCUGAAGGAGCACAAGGAGCGAAACGGUUCAACAUAAACCAUGAUAUGAAUCAAGUCAAUCUGUAAAUAAUUUGUGGACAUUCGUGAUGACAGCAUACUGUAGCUAAUUCACAUCAUCAUAAUAUGUGUUAAGUGAUUAACUGAUUCAUUACUAAUGCAGAAACUGUCAUUUUAUUUUAUUUUUUGUCAUUUUAGCCUGUGUUUUGUCUUUGUUUCAUACUUUAAAAAGCAUGUAGUUUCUUACAGUGUACUGGAUUCAAUUUAUAUGUAAAACAGAAUACACUAAAAUGUUUCUCCGCAAAUAAAGACACAUCCAGUUCUCAAAUAA